AUGCAAAAUCAAAUAAAUUCAGAAUUACCUUUCUUGAUCAUCCCAGUGAAAGGCGGUGUCGACUCCAACAUAGAUACGAUUGAGGCAGCAACAAACUUCUAUGAACAAUUAUAUGAUAUUAAACCAAUUGAAAGAAGUUGUUGGGACAAAUUAUUUGAUGAUAUUUCAUCCAUAAACAAAGUUGAUAGUGAUAAACUUGAAUGUGAUAUCGCACUUACCGAAUGUAAUGAUACUUUAAAAUCUUUGCCAAUUGGUCAAUCUCCUGGUACAGAUGGUAUUACAGUUGAGAUAUCGAAAAAGUUUUCUCCUAUAAUUGGUAAACGACAAGGUUGUCCAUUAUCGGGUGGCUUAUUUAUUAUAUGCAUUGAAUCAUUAUUGCAUAAUAUAAGACAAAAUGUUCGUAUACCAGGUGUUCUCCCACCAGGAAGUCAACUUCCAUCGAUCGUAAGAUCUAUUCUUAAUAGAGAUAAAGUUAAUAAUAAAUUAUCAGCUUACGCAGAAGAUGUUGCUAUCAUAGCAUUUAAUGUUAAUGAUGAACGUGAAACUCAAAUUAGCGAUUGGUUUGAUCCGCCUAGUUUUCCAGCUAAAGUAGAACGUGACUAUUGGAAUUUAUUAGGUGUUCCAAUUGAUACGAAAGGUACAAUACCAACUGUUAGUCUAUAA